UAUACAAUCUUUCUCAUUAUUUUAGUUCACACAUAAAAUAAACAUAAAUAAAUAUAUACACAAAAAUAUCUCUUGAAUCAAUUAUAGUUCCAUACAAAUACAAAAGGAGGUGAAAAUGGAGAAAGCAAGAAAUACUAGCGAAAUAUCGGUUACUUGGAGGGGGAAGAAGUAUGUUGUGCCUAUGGAUUUAGGUGCUACUUUAAAAGAAUUGGGGCAUGAGUUGCAGAAACUGACUGCAGUGAAAGCAGAUACUUUGAAGCUCAUUGUUCGAGCCCAGAAAUCUUCAAAAUUGUUAUCUCCUUUCUCUGACGAGCACUCCCAUGUUACCUUGAAGGAAGCUUCCAUCAUCGAGGGGAAGGCUAUACAAAUGAUGGGAGUGCCAAAAGAAGAGAUUGAUCAAGUUCUUCAAGAUGCAAAGACGGAUAUGAGAAUAGCUGGGUUUGAUGAAGAGGAGAAGCGAAUUAGACAAAGGGUGUCGAAUGGGGUUGCUACACCGUUGCAGCUUCCACAUGGAAAUUAUGUUUUUGGUGCUUUUAAAACACUUGAUCUUCCAGGGAUCGAGUUAUAUCCUCCGGCUUCAGAGGCACUGAGACUAAUGCACACGCUUGCUGCAGAUCCAGGAAUAGUUGCUAUCAUGAAUAAGCAUAAAUGGCAUGUGGGAAUUAUGACAGAGAUGGCUCCAGAGGGUUAUGUUGGCGUGAGUCCUGUGUGCAUUCUUGGUUUUAACAAGAAUCAUGGCGAGGAGAUAUCUUUGCGUCUUCGAACUGAUGAUCUCAAGGGUUUCAGAAAAUAUCAGAGCAUUAAGAAGACUCUCUUGCAUGAACUUGCCCAUAGGGUUUACUCUGAACAUGAUGCAAAAUUCUUUGCUCUAGAUAGUCAGCUUAACAAGGAGGCCAGUGCUCUAGACUGGACUAGAUCCACGGGUCACACGUUAAGUGGAUCUCAGAAGACACAACAACAUGGAUAUGAGUUUCAUGCUACUGAUAGUAGUAUUAGUGGUAGUUUGUCUCAUAAACUUGGAGGAAGCCAGUCAUCCAGUUCAUUGGCAAAUGCUCGAGCAUCUUCAGUUGCUGCUGCUUACGAACGUUUAGUAAUUGCAUCCAACAAUCUAUCAAGAACACCCGAAACACAUAAAGAACCCGAUCCUGAUGAUUCUAUGGAUGUAACUAUGUAUAAGCCAGCUGUCCUGGACCUGGGCGAAAAACAAACUUGUGAACCUGACCCAGAUGACCUUGAAGUAAUUAAUAGAAAUGAGCCCAACUCGGACCUGAACAUCAAUAAGCCAGAUGCUAUGCACAUCAGUGAGAAACAAACCUAUGAACCUGGCCCUGAUGACCAUGAAGUAAGUAAUCCGGAUGUGGCCAUGAAUAAGUCAGAUGCUAUGGACAUUAGCGAGAAGCAAACUUAUGAACCUGAUCCUGAUGACCAUGAAGUGCUUCACAGCAAAAAUGAGCCUGAUCCGGAUGAUAGUUUGAACAGUGAAGCUAUGGAAUCUGAACCAUGUGGCGAUUUGACCCAAAACAAUGUGACUUCUGAUGAAUUGGGUACUUUGGUUGGUGUGUCUGAAGAUGAACACAAGAGGGAAAUCCACGAGCCUGAUCCUGAUGAUGGUAUCUUGCAUGAUGAUGAACUACAGAGAAUUCAAGAUCCUGUCAUGAUUGCGUGUAAUCGUUUGAAUAAAUCCAUUAAGAUGCUGCAAUCAGAAGUUAGUCCUUCAGAGGCUGCAGUGGUUUUCCAGACACUCGUUAAGAUUGUCAGGAAUGUUAUUGAACACCCCGAUGAAACAAAAUUCAAGAAACUUCGCAAGGCUAACCCUGUAAUCCAUAAGAACAUAGCAAGUUACAAUGCUGCAAUGGAGAUACUGUUUUUGAUUGGUUUUUGUGAAGAUGUUGUUCAAGACGAGAUUGGUAGAGCAGAGGCUUAUUUGGUGUUGAAGAGGAAUGAUCCAGGCUUGUUGUGGCUGGCCAAAUCCUCUUUGGAGACAUGCAUUGCUUUCUAGACCAUUGUUGGAAAAGUUGCAAUUUGCUGCACUCAUGCCUUCGUGUACAUAGCUGUUGAAAGUGUUUGAAGUUGUAUAUGUUGAUUGCGCGAACAAAAGAAUUUUUCUUGUAUAUGAUUGAGAAAACUUCAAAGACCACCAUAAAUUGGGUCUAAUUAUAUGAACACUGUUAAUAAUUGAAAACAUUUGGUUGUGGUUGUAUGA